GUACGGACAACCACGGCCUUUUCAAUUUCUAGGGUUUUCAACUCCGAAUCUUCUCUCUUAUUCAAUUCCAAUCGUUUUUCUCUUUUAUUGAUCAUGAUUGAAUUUUUCUCUGAUUCCUGCAGGAGAGGAAACCCUAAUUAAUUAAAGAUGUUGACAAGGAGAUAUAAUUUGGAAGGCAGUGAUUUUAAUAACCUUAAAGCUCAUUGCUUUUCCAAUUCAAGUUCACUGAGUAGUCUUUUGGAUGAUUGGCGGAAAGAACCUAACAUUGAUUUUUUUCGGGGUUUAGUUAGAAACAACAUUGUUGAGAUUCUCGAAAAGGAUAGGAGUUAUCAAUUGCAAUUACAAGGAUGGGAUUAUGUUAACGUGUUAGAGAACCAGUUGUUUUUUAAGGCUGUUUCUGAGGAGGAAUAUAUCAAUCUAGACACUCUGAGAAAUAGAUUACAAAGUUUAAUCCUACAGCAACAAAAUGAUGCAAAUUGUGGUCAGCAAGGAUCCAAAUUGACAGCAAUGCAAACUUUGGGUUUGACCCAGGGGUGCAGUUCAGAUGAAGGAAACCCUAUUUUCAAUAGUUACCCCAUCAUUGGCAACAAUAAUUAUAAUCUGAUGGGGGCUGAAAAACAGGAUCAUUUUGGCUUCCAAAAUGGAUUAUUUAACAAUGAAUUUAAUCUAGGAACCACAAGUAUGUACAAUGCUUUCACUGUGGCCUCAAAGCAGAUCGGUAAUGAAAUGGAUUCCUCUCCUGAUAUAAAUUCGUCCAUCACCACUAUCUCUAGUGGUGAUGGGUUUCCCGAAACUGGAACUUUUGACAGUGGACCAGUUUUUUCUCAAGGAGAUCACCCAUAUCAUCUUGAGGCCUUCAAAGACAGUUUUCAGCAGCAACAUUUUGAUCAAAGCAACUUGAAUUUGGUGAAACUUGGAAGCUUGACAAAAAAUGAGAACCAUUAUGGCAUGCCUUUGUCCACUUUAGAUGAGUGCUUGGAAUAUUCAAAUUCAAUUCUGCAGAUCCCAGAUUACUCUGGAGUCUCAAGCAUUCUACCAAGUUCCAGCACAAGGUUUGGCACAACAAAUUCAACUCCUGAUAAGCUACUGGAAUCUAGAGCACAAAUAUUAGAACAGACCCAGCAGCAGUCUUGUCAGUUAUAUGGACAGUUUAAUAAGGCAUUGGAGGUCAAAGUACCAAGUCACUUAAAGGAUCAAAAUAAGUUUUGCAGGCCAACAUCUGGACAUACAUCUAUGCAUUCUCAGUUCCUGCUCCCUUCAGAACAAUCACGCAGGGUUCGUGUGCCUUUAAAAAGUUCUGCACCUCUUUUCAGCUCUGAAGGCAUAGUGGAAAAUUUAAAUAACCAGCCGUUUUUUUCUUCAAGAGAAAAGGUCUUAGCUGCUUAUGUCAAUUCCAAGAGAUCAACGAUCCCAAUGGUGGACUGCCUAGAUUCUUUCCUUAAGCAUUUCCAUUCAACAGUGUGUGACAAUAGCAAGUGCUAUUGUGAAAGUCUUCGCCCACUUUUAUUGCAUUUUGAUAACUGCCUCCAAACUGAUUGUCUUGUAUGUGCUCCUAGCCGAAUUCUGUGUAAAACUGAUAAACUUGGUCAGAACUCUAAAGAUGUGAAGGGUGGUCAUAAACGGGAGAUUAUUGAUACAGAUUCUAGUGAUUAUGGAUCUUGCUGUUCAGGAGACAAAAUGCCUCCUUCAAAGUGUCAGAAGAUGGAAAAAUAUUCUUAUUACUUUUCAUCUGGAGAUGGAAUCGCAUCUGUGGUUGCUCCAUUCUUGGUUCAAUCUGAUGGUCUUGGAGGACCCCUGCCAUUGAAGCAAUUGCCUGAAUCUCCUGUAUCUAUUAAUUCUGAGUUUCUUGGGGUGAGUAAUGAAUCACUGAUGAAUUCCAUGGAAAAUCCUACUAGCUCUGAUCAGAUCAGGAGCAAAGCUGCAGAUAGUUAUCCCAGAUUGAUUUGUGAGAGUGUUUCUGCCCCUUUUAAGGAGCACAUUGUUGGUUGUAGUUCAGGAGAGAUGGACCCCAGAAGUUCUAGUGGAGUGGCAGAUGUUAUGAAAGAUGACUGCAACCAAUUGAUGAAUAAUUGUAUGCCUAUUGUCUCUGAAGAGGUAGGCGCUGCUUUUAACAAGGAGGCGAUCGAGGUCAUAUCUAACUUUCAUUUAGCCAAACCAGCUAUAGAGCAUGAGCUAAAUGCAACAGUUGCUGAACAUGAAGAUGGAAUGAAAUCACAAAGUCCAAAGAUGAGAGGUGCUUCCUUAAUUGAUUUUUUCACACCAGAACAGAUAGAAGGACACAUGUCCAGUCUUGAGCAUUCCAUGUGCCAGAGAAAAUCAAAUGAAGAAGACAAAAUAAUAAAUCAUGUCAACGAGAAUCGAUGCCAGUUAUGUGCAGAAGAUAAGCUUUGGUUUUCCCCAGUGCCUCUAUAUUGCUCGUGUUGUGGUGCUCGUAUCAAGCGGGGGGUGAUUUAUUACACCUCAUCAGAUGAAAAUGGCACGCAGCCUUGCUUUUGUUCCUUAUGCUUUAAGAGUUCUCCACCUAGGAAGAUCACAUUCUAUGGAAUUACCAUUCUCAAGGAAAAGCUCCACAAAAGAAAGAAUGACGAGGCAACUGAUGAACCUUGGGUCGAGUGUGAUAAAUGUAAAAGGUGGCAACACCAGAUAUGUGCCCUGUUCAACGAUAAAAGAGAUAUGGAAGGAAAAGCUGAGUACAUCUGUCCCAAAUGCUGCUUGAAAGAAAUGAAAAGCGAGGAGUACAUGCCAUCAACUAAGGCUGCUAUUUUGGGUGCAAAAGAUCUGCCUCGUACCAUCUUGAGUGAUUUCAUAGAAGAAAGACUUUUUAGGCGUCUUAAUCAAGAGAGAGAAGAAAGAGCAAAGUUUAUGGGAAUGAACAUUGACGAGGUUCCAGAAGCUGAAGAUCUUGUUCUAAGAGUGGUGCUAUCUGUUAACAAACAGUUGAAAGUGAAAGAGAAGUUUCUGGAAAUCUUCCAUGGUGAGAACUACCCUGCUGAAUUUCCCUACAGAUCAAAGGUGAUUCUUUUGUUCCAGAGGAUUGAAGGAGUGGAUGUUUGCCUUUUUGGCCUUUAUGUCCAGGAGUUUGGCUCAGAAUGCAGUCAGCCAAACCAACGCAGUGUUUAUAUUUCAUAUCUUGAUUCUGUCAAGUACUUCAGGCCGGAGACAGAAACUUCAACUGGAGAAGCUCUUCGUACAUUUGUUUACCAUGAAAUAUUGAUAGGGUACCUUGAAUACUGCAAGAAACGAGGUUUUGCAACGUGCUAUUUAUGGGCCUGUCCUCCUAUAAAGGGAGAAGAUUAUAUCUUAUAUUGUCACCCAGAGAACCAGAAGACUCCAAAGUCUGAUAAGCUGCGACAAUGGUAUCAUUUGAUGUUAAGAAAAGCAGCCAAAGAAAAUAUUGUGGUCAAUUGUACUAAUUUAUAUGACCACUUCUUUGUCCCUACUGGACAUUUUUACUCGAAGAUAACAGCAGCUCGUUUGCCUUACUUUGAUGGUUGCUAUUGGUAUGAUGCUGCGGAGGAUAUCCUCAAGAACAUUGAACAGAAAACUGGAGUAUAUGCAGAGAGGAAGGUGAAGAAAGUAAUGACAAAAAGAACUCUAAAAGCCAUGGGGCACACAGAGUCCUCUGGUGGUAACACCAAAGCUAUUCUAGUAACAAAUCAUCUGAGGGGUGGUCCCAUGUGUGGUCGCAAGGAGGACUUCAUGGUUGUUCAUUUACAACAUGUAUGCACUCAUUGUCAUGAAGUGAUGUUAUCUGGAAGCCGGUGGUUUUGCCGACAGUGCAAAAAUUUUCAGCUAUGUGAAAGAUGCCAUGUUGUAGAGAAAAGCCUCAAUGGGGAGGACUCGCACUCCUUAAAUAACAAGGAAAAACAUUUACUCUUUAAGGUUAUGGUGAAGGGGAUACCGUCCGAUACUGAGGAUAAUGAUGCUAUUUUAGAAAACUGGCAUUUCGAUAAUAGACAUACUUUCUUGGGUUUUUGUCAGAAGAAUCAUUAUCAGUUUGAUACAGUUCGCCGAGCCAAGCAUUCAUCAAUGAUGAUCCUGCAUAAUCUUCAUAAUCCAACACUGCCAGCAGCUGGGACAAUGUGCAAAAUUUGUCAUCAGGAUACUGAUACACUGGAUAGAGAUGUCUGUGCUGCGUGCUAUCACAAGAAAGACAGUUCCUUGCAUGUCUACAAGUUGAAUCAAUGCUCUCCAGCAGCUAAUUAUGGAACUGAGAAUGUAGAUGCCCAUCAAGAAGCACUUCAGCCAAAGGAACAAAAUCUUUCUAAUUUGGUGGCACAGCAACAAAAGGAACUGCUAAAUCUUUUAAUGCAUGCCACUCAUUGUCUAGCAACAAGUAGUGACCCCUGCUCUUACCCAAAAUGCCUCCAAAUUAAAAGGUUGUUCUGCCAUGCAAGGAAGUGCAGCAUUCGGUCCUUUGGGGGCUGUCAACACUGUCAGAAGGUAUGGUACAUGUUGAAGCUACAUGCGAGAAUUUGCAGACAAACAGAUUGUCGUGUACCACGCUGCAUAGAUCUAAAAAACCACAUGGAGCUGGAACCUGGAGGAUGAUUAGUCGGCACCAAGCACCUGAAAACCAAGUGGCAAAUGAUUAUCCCAACUGUAUAUAUGAACAGACUUGUCGACAUUCCUAACCAAAUACUGCGUGCCAGAAAAGAGUCAAUUGUACAGUUACCUAGGCUUGAAAGUUAUGGAAUUUUGUUAGUGGAAGAGGAAAAGGUUUGUAACCUAAGCAUAUAAUUAAUACUGUUCUUUUUAAGCCAGAAGUUUACCGUAGAAUGAUAAGAUUCUCCGUCUUAGGAAGUUUUUUUUUCUUCUAGUCUAGGAUUAUUUAUGCUGUCAGCAUGGCAGAUCACUGGUCACUAGUCAUGUGCAGCUGUAUCUAUACAUUGUAUAUCAUCAAGUAUAUAUAAAUAUUAUAAUAUAUUAGUUAA